AUGGAAGAUUAUGGCUGACGGACUACCCCAAAUCAUCCAUUUUGAUGAUCCAACUGAGAUCCCACCUGACUUUCGUUACUCUAAGUCCAAGAUAUCUGAACAAAAUUAUUCAAAAAUGAUAAUCGGUCUUGAACUGAAGUUGAAGGGGAUGGUUGGAUCUAAUGAAAAAUGGAAAAACUUUGAAGACAUGAAAAAAAUCUUCUGCUGCAAAAAGACGCCAAUGUCAGAGUAUGUUACAGAGCACUGGAAGGAAGACGACUUUUAUGGAUCCCAGUUUCUGAACGGAGUCAACCCCAAUGUGAUCAAGCACUGCUCAGAGCUUCCCCCAAACUUUCCAGUCACAGAGGAGAUGGUGAAGCCGUUCCUGGCAAAGGGAACCUCUCUGCAGAAGGAAAUGGAGAAAGGCAACAUAUUCCUCUAUGACCAGAAGAGGAUGAAUGGAAUAACCCCCAGAACCUAUAAUGGUGAACCUCUGCAUGUGACUGCUGGUCUCUGUUUACUCUACAUGAACCCAGAAAACAAACUGAUGCCAAUAGCAAUACAGCUGCACCAACAACCCUCUGAGCAGAACCCCAUCUUUCUGCCCAGUGACCCAGAGACUGACUGGCUGCUGGCCAAGAUGUUCAUCAAAAAUGCAGAUUUCAUGGAUCAUCAAGCCGUUCAUCACUUCAUGAACACUCACUUUCUGGCUGAGGUCUAUACUGUUGCCGCUCUCCGCAGCUUCUCUGUGAUUCACCCCCUCUAUAAGCUGCUGGUUCCACACUUCCGAUACACCCUCUACGUAAAUACUAGAGGCCGCAAAGCUCUUUUUGGACCUGAUGGGGUUUUGAGUAUGAGUUCACUUGGCUAUGACGGACUGCGGGAGCUCAUGAGAAGGGCUCACUCUGAAACAACCUACAGCUCCCUCUGCCUGCCAGAGAACAUCACUGCACGAGGACUGGAGUCCAUACCCAACUACUACUACAGAGAUGAUGGUCUGAAGCUGUGGAACAUCAUCAACAGCUUUGUGAAGGCAGUGAUGGAGUACUUCUAUCCCUCAGACAGUGAGGUGCUUAAAGACACUGAGCUCCAGGAUUGGAUCAUUGAGAUAUUUACACAUGGCUUCUUAGGAAACAAAGCUUCAG